UGAACAAGUAAGUAAACUUCCAUCAGUCAUCAUCGUACAAUCUACAUACAGGUACAUGUCAAACCCAAGUUUAUUAGAUCCAUGUCAUUACAGCGUGAUUUGUAAUGAUAAUAUAGGAUUGCUGAAUUUGCAGAGUCUGUAGCAGAAAUAAAGCAGGCAAAUUAUGAAGAAAACACAGUGAAAAUGAAACCAAAACUUAGAAUAACCGUUUCAAGGGGUAGAGGAUAUGUAUUAGCUCAGUAUAAAACAAUGGAAAAGUUUUCAAAGAUCACAGUAUGCACGCCGGCUGACGUCAUACGUAGGUGAGAGGUUCAAACAGCCGCACGAUAAGGGCACAUCCUCUUUCCUGCAAUGCUAAUCGAGAGAGUCCAUGAAGGACGAUGGCAACAGUUUUAGAGCUGAUUCAUCAUACAUUAGAUGACCUGAAAAAAGAUGAUCUGAAGAGAUUUAAGAGUUACUUAAAUCAAGAUGGACCCAUCGGAGCUGGUAAACUGGAGGAUGCUGAUGUCACUGAUAUAGGGGAUAUAAUGAUGAAGCGUUUUGGAGAAGAAGAAGCUGUGAAGAUCACACUGAACAUCCUGAGUAAGAUUUACCAGAACCAGCUGGCUGACAAGUUGCAGAAAAAGUACACUGAAGUGCAAAAAUCAUUAGAACCAGCUGUGAAACGCACAAGAAAACAAGAUGAUUUCUGGCAGCAGGAACUCUUGAAAACUCACAAAAUGAAAAUGAAGGAGAAAGUAGAGCAUAUUUUUGAGUGUAAAAAGGAAAAUGAAGCACAUCUCAAGGAUGUUUUCACUGAACUCUUCAUUACGGAGGGUGAUCUCAAAGAAGUCAAUCAAGAACAUGAGAUUUUGCAGAUUGAUGAAACCAUUAAACCCCAUAAACCAGAGGACAGGCCAAUCAAAUGCAAUGAUGUAUUUAGUCUGAACAAAAAUAAGAAAAAGAUUGUGCUGACCAAAGGCAUCGCUGGCAUUGGAAAAACUGUAUCAAUGCACAAGUUCAUUCUGGACUGGGCAGAAGGAAAAGCCAAUCAGGACAUAGACUGUGUUUUCCUGCUUCCAUUCCGAAAGAUUAACUGCAUUAAAGACAGAGAGAUCAGUCUACAUGAGUUUCUGCAGAGAUUUAAUCCUGAACUGAAGGACCUGGAAGCAUCAAAGAUAUGUAAGAUAUAUAGUUGUAAGCUUGCGUUUAUCUUUGAUGGACUGGAUGAGAGUCGACUGACUUUGGAUUUUGUCAGUGGAAUGGUGACAGGUGUUGAGGAGCGAUCAUCUGUAGAUGAACUGUUUACAAGUCUGGUGAAUGGGACUCUGCUCCCAUCAUCUUGUGUCUGGGUGACCUCACGACCAGCAGCAGCCAAUCAGAUUCCUCCUGAGUAUGUAGGGUUGUUCACAGAGGUGCGAGGAUUCACUGACCAGCAGAAGGAGGAGUAUUUCAGAAAGAGAAUCAAAGAUGAGAAUCACGCCUCCAGAAUGAUCUCACACAUUAAGCAAUCUCGUAGUCUCUACAUCAUGUGUUACAUUCCCGUGUUCUGUUGGAUCACAGCCACUGUUUUUCAAGACAUCCCUAUUGAGAACAAUGCAGAGAACAUCAACACAACACUCACUGAAAUGUACAUCCACUUCCUGCUGAUACAGAUGAACAUGAAGACCCAGAAGUGUGACAGAAAAACAGAAAGAGAACGUUCCAAGCUCUUAGAAUCCAACAAAACAAUGAUUUUGAAGUUAGCUAAACUAGCAUUUGAACAACUGAAGAAAGAAAACAUAGUGUUCUAUGAGAAGGAUCUGAGAGCAUGUGGUAUUGAUGUGUGUGAAGACAUUGAGUCCACAGGAAUGCUCACUGAGAUCUUUCAGCAAGAAGCUGGACUUCAUGAAAUGAAGGUCUUCUGCUUCGUGCAUCUGAGUGUUCAAGAGUUCCUUGCUGCAGUGCACGUGUUCCUCUGCUACCUGAACAAGAACAUGGAUGAGCUGCAGUUUUUCACUGAUGAGAUACAAAACGAGGUCAUUGCUUUACAUCAUUUACUAAAGAAGGCUGUUGAGAAAGCAAUGCAAAGUCAGAAAGGACAUUUAGACCUAUUUUUACGGUUUCUGCUGGGCAUUUCACUGGAAUCAAAUCAGAAACUGCUCAUAGGCCUGUUUACACACACUGAAGACAGCGAAGACAGCAUCACAGAAAUAACCAAACACAUUAAUGAACAAUUACAAAACCAGCGAAUCUCACCUGAAACUUCAGUCAACCUGUUCUACUGCUUACAGGAGCUCAAUGACAAUUCAUUAUAUACAGAAAUACAAAGAUACAUCAGAUCAUCUCCAGAAAGAAAACUCUCAUCUUCCAUGUGCUCAUUGAUGGCUUAUGUACUGCUGAUGUCAGAGGAGGUGCUGGAUGAGUUCAACCCGAAGAAGUACACGAAUGAACUAGGUGGCCGCAUGAAUCUCCUGCCAGCUGUGAGAUGCUGCAGAAAAGCGAUACUCUCCUCAAGUAAUCUCAAUGACACCUGGUGUGAAACUGUGGCUUUGGCCCUGCGGACACCAAACUCACCCCUGAUAGAGCUGGACAUGUAUAACAAUGACCUGAAGGAUUCAGGAAUUAAGCUGUUCUCUGAUGGACUGAAGAGCCCAAACUGUCAGCUGAAGACACUGAGCUUGUGUCGCUGUGAGGUGACAGAUGAAGGCUGUGGUUAUCUGUCUUCAGCUCUGCGUUUAAAUCCCUCACAUCUGAGAGAGCUGAAUCUGAGUGACAAUCCCCUGGGAGAUUCAGGAGUCAAGAGGCUGUCUGAUGUACUGAAGGAUCCAAACUGCACACUGAACAAACUCAAAUUAUGGCGCUGUAAGGUGACAGAUGAAGGCUGUAGUUAUCUGUCUUUAGCUCUGCGUUCAAACUCCUCACACAUGAGAGAGCUGGAUCUGAGCUGGAAUCGCCUGGGAGAAUCUGGAGUCAAGAUGCUCUCAGAUCUACUGAAGGAUCCAAACUGCACACUAAACAAUCUCAAAUUACGGAGCUGUAAUGUGAGAGAGGAAGGCUGUGAUUAUCUGUCUUUAGCUCUGCGUUCAAACCCCUCACACCUGAGAGAGCUGGAUCUGAGCUACAAUCCCCUGAGAGAUUCAGGAGUCAAGAUGCUCUCAGAUCUACUGAAGGAUCCAAACUGCACACUGAACAAACUCAUAUUACGGCGCUGUAAUGUAACAGAUGAAGGCUGUCAUUAUCUGGCUUCAGCUCUGUGUUCAAACCCCUCACACCUGAGAGAGCUGAAUCUGAGCGACAAUCCCCUGGGAGAAUCAGGAGUCAAUAUGCUCUCAGAUCUACUGAAGGAUCCAAACUGCACACUGAACAAACUCAUACUCCAGUAAUCUCACAUCUCACAUGGAUCCAAACACAGCAGACACUCAUCUCAUUCUGUCUGAGGAGAACAGAAAUAUGACAAGUUUCAGAGGAUCAGCCAUAUCCUGAUCAUCCAGAGAGAUCUGAUGAGUGUUGUCAGGUUCUGUGUAGAGAGAGUAUGUCUGGACAUUGUUACUGGGAGACUAAAUGUAGUCAGUCAAUGAAUAUUACUUUCAUAUAAAGGAAUCAGCAGAGAAGGAAGGAAUCCUGGAACCUGAACUGUUCAGAUUACAGAUUUACUGGCCGUCACAAUAAUCAGAGCUCCAUCAUAUCUGCCCCCUCAUCCCCUCUAACAAAGUAGGAGUGUUUCUGGACUGACAGGCUGGUACUUUGUCCUUCUACAGUGUCUAUUGUUUAUGCACAAAAUCUGGUACAAAAUCUGUCUCUGGGGUACCUUUAUAUCUUAUUCACCUCUUAAAGGUACAUAUCAGUACUUUUUGAAAGCUUGUGUACCUUUUUUUCUGAGAGUGUGGUUGUCAUAUUUAGGAACAUGUUUAUACAUUAAUAUAUAAAAUGAGUUUGAGACCAACUGGUUAAUAAAAGUUAAAGUAUGGGUCAAUGUUAUUUUUAAGAAAAGCCUGAGCAUCAUUUGAGCAGGACCAGAUGGUUAGAAAAUGAAAUGGUUAGUAAUUAGAGAUGGGCCUGAAUACAUUGCUAAGUUUUAUUACAAUAUUACAAAUACUUACUCUUCAAAUGUAUCAAUAAAGUACAAUGCAUUGGUGUGAGGAAAUGUAUUAAUUGAUAAUACAAUUACUGUAUAAUAUAAAAAUACAAAAUUGUCUGUAAGAUGUGUGGAGCAUUCAAUAGGUCGUCUAAUUAGGGGUUUCACAGAAAUGAGUGAGAAUAUGUGUGAUCUAAAGCAACAUGUAGAAAAAUAAUGCACAUUGUUGCUGAUUUUCCUCAUUAUAUUCUCAGUGUUUUAGCGAGAGCCUGUAAAAUAGUUCUUGUGUGAAAGUAAGAGGCAGCAAGAUCUCAAGAAAAGUAUGUAAGACGCUCUUUAGGUGACUAAACAUUUUUAAGGCUAUUCUAUUGGUUAGGAUAUUGAUAUAGGGACUGUUGUUGUCAAUAAGGUUUUAUUUAUGAUGUUUCUUCCUUUAAACCUAUAUAAAAUUUCAUACCAAUAUUGUCCUUCAUAACAAGUUUAACCACUAUUACUGUAAACCAUGUCAUGCUCAAUAAAAACAAAAGUAGCAAAGUGACUGAUCAUAAAGAGCUUGUGACAUGGGAAUAGUAAAGCAUAUAGUAUGAUAAUAGUGUUGUCAGUGAAAAUCUGUUUCACACUCUUUCAUUCCAUAUAUACAAUUCUUGUUUUUAUAGAAUAUAGCAG